AUGGAGACGGGAAAGGUAAGCCUAACAGGCACUCUAGCUCUGGCUGUGUUCACAGCCACUCUGGGAUCCCUACAGUUUGGAUACAGUCUUGGAGUCAUCAACGCACCCCAAAAGAUCAUUGAAAAGAGUUAUGGCCAGUCCCUGGGUGUGUGGACAGAAAGGGCUGCUGGUUCGUCAGAAAACAUCACAGAAGAAGACCCAGGUCACCACCCUGCUGUGAUCAUGUAUUGGUCAUUGUCAGUGGCAAUCUUCUCCAUCGGUGGCAUGGUAUCCUCCUUCUUGGUUGGAUUUGUGGGCGAUCUGAAAGGGAGGGUAAAAGGGAUGUUAAUGGUCAAUGUUCUGGCUGUAGCAGCUGGACUGCUGAUGGGUCUUUGUAAGAUGUGGAAGCCACACAUCAUGGUCAUCUCAGGCCGCGCUGUUAUGGGUUUCUAUUGUGGUCUGUCAUCUGGGCUAGUCCCUAUGUACAUUGGGGAGAUUGCACCAAAAGCUUACAGAGGGGCUCUGGGAACAUUACACCAGCUCGCUGUUGUCACUGGCAUUCUAAUCAGUCAGGUAAUAGGUCUGGAUUUUGCGCUUGGUAAUGAUGAAAUGUGGCCCCUGUUGCUUGGUCUGUCUGGAGCUCCAGCAAUAUUACAAUCCCUUCUGCUGCCUCUUUGUCCUGAGAGUCCACGAUACCUUUACAUCCUAUUGGGCAAGGAACAAGAGGCUCGAAAAAGUCUGUGUCGUCUAAAGGGGCCGUAUGAUCCAACUAUGGAUCUGGAAGAGAUGAGAAGGGAAAAAGAAGAGGCAAACAAAGAGGCCAGAGUCUCUAUAUUUUCUUUGAUCUGCUCUUCUGUAUACAGAAAACAGCUGGUUGUUGCCCUCAUGAUGCACCUCUCCCAGCAGUUGUCUGGCAUCAAUGCUAUCUUUUACUACUCUACGGCUAUCUUCUCUCGAGCUGGUGUCAGUCAUCCAGUUUAUGCCACUAUAGGAGUCGGGGUCAUCAACAUGAUCUUCACUAUGGUGUCUGUGGCACUGGUGGACAGGGCUGGAAGACGCACUCUAACUCUGGUUGGUCUUGGGGGAAUGUGUUGCUGUGCUGUUGCCAUGACAGUGGGCCUCAAAUUGCAGAAUGAAUAUUCGUGGAUGAGCUACGUCAGCAUGUCAGCCAUCUUCCUCUUUGUAAGUUUCUUUGAGAUUGGGCCUGGUCCCAUUCCGUGGUUCAUAGUGGCUGAACUGUUCAGCCAGGGACCUCGUCCUGCUGCUAUUGCUCUAGCUGGCUGCUGUAAUUGGACCUGCAACUUCAUCAUAGGCAUGACCUUUCAGUAUAUACAGGAUUGGUUGGGUUCUUACGUGUUCAUCCUGUUUGCCGUGCUGCUUCUUGGCUUCGUACUAUUUAUUUAUUUUCGGGUGCCGGAAACCAAGGGCAAAACUUUUGAAGAGAUUGCUGCUAUCUUCCACAAGGGACGUCAGAUCCCUACAGAUAAUAGUGAACUGCAAGAGCUUAAAUCAUCCACAGAUGCCUAA